CGCUAAGAAGGGCUGAAAAUCAAGAACGGUAGUAAGAGCAAAGAGAAAUGGAGGUGAGUUCUGGUUUAGUAGCGGGCUCUCACAACAGGAACGAGCUGGUUGUCAUCCGCCGCGAGAAUGAACUCGGACAAAAGCCGUUGCAGAAGUUGAGCGGGCAAAUUUGCCAGAUUUGCGGCGACGACGUUGGAUUGACCGUGGACGGCGAGCUAUUCGUCGCCUGCAAUGAGUGUGCGUUCCCCAUUUGCAGGACUUGCUAUGAGUACGAACGGCGCGAGGGAAGCCAAAUUUGUCCUCAGUGCAAAACCAGAUUCAAGCGCUUAAGGGGGUGUGCAAGAGUGGAUGGAGAUGAGGAAGAGGAUGGUGUGGAUGACUUGGAGAACGAGUUCAACUUUGAUGGGAGGCAUAGGCAAGAGAUGGAUCGCCAGGGAUAUGGUGCAGAGGCAAUGCUUCAUGGCCAUAUGAGCUAUGGCCGUGGCUCGGAUUUGGAUCUGUCUCACGUUCAUCCACUGCCCCAAGUCCCACUCCUCACCAAUGGUCAAAUGGUUGAUGAUAUUCCUCCGGAGCACCAUGCUUUGGUGCCAGCCUACAUGGGAGCUGGAGGCGGCGGUGGCGGAGGUGGCAAAAGGAUUCACCCACUUCCUUUCACUGAUUCUGGUCUUCCAGUGCAACCUCGAUCCAUGGAUCCUUCAAAGGACUUGGCUGCUUAUGGAUAUGGAAGCGUUGCUUGGAAAGAGAGGAUGGAGAGUUGGAAACAAAGGCAAGAGAAACUACAGACGAUGAAGAACGAGAAAGGUGGCAAGGAAUGGGACGAUGAUGGGGACAACCCAGAUCUACCACUAAUGGAUGAGGCGAGACAGCCGCUGUCAAGAAAGUUGCCUAUAUCCUCCAGCCAAAUCAAUCCCUACAGAAUGAUCAUUGUCAUCCGGCUUGUAGUGCUUGGAUUCUUUUUCCAUUACAGAGUAAUGCAUCCUGUGAACGAUGCAUACGCAUUGUGGCUCAUAUCUGUUAUCUGUGAGAUCUGGUUUGGUCUCUCGUGGAUUCUGGAUCAAUUCCCGAAAUGGCUCCCUAUUGACCGGGAGACAUACCUCGACAGACUGUCCCUGAGGUAUGAGAAGGAAGGCCAACCUUCUCAACUUGCUCCAGUAGAUAUAUUUGUGAGUACUGUUGACCCGCUGAAGGAACCCCCCCUGGUGACGGCAAAUACUGUCUUAUCGAUUCUCGCUGUGGACUACCCUGUUGAUAAGGUGUCCUGUUAUGUUUCUGAUGACGGUGCUGCUAUGCUGACAUUCGAAGCACUCUCAGAAACAUCAGAAUUUGCAAGAAAAUGGGUCCCUUUCUGUAAGAAAUUCAACAUUGAGCCACGGGCACCUGAGUUUUAUUUUGCUCAGAAGAUAGAUUAUCUCAAAGAUAAGGUUGAGGCAUCUUUUGUGAAGGAGCGAAGAGCAAUGAAGAGAGAGUAUGAGGAGUUUAAGGUUCGUAUAAAUGCUUUGGUGGCCAAAGCCCAGAAGGUUCCUGAAGAAGGGUGGACGAUGCAGGACGGAACGCCAUGGCCUGGAAAUAACGUCCGUGAUCAUCCUGGCAUGAUUCAGGUUUUUCUUGGCCAAAGUGGAGGACAUGACUCUGACGGGAAUGAAUUACCUCGCCUUGUCUAUGUUUCCAGAGAGAAGAGGCCUGGCUAUAAUCACCACAAAAAGGCAGGAGCCAUGAAUGCUUUGGUCAGGGUCUCCGCUGUGCUUACAAAUGCGCCUUAUCUUUUGAAUCUGGAUUGUGAUCACUACUUCAAUAAUAGUAAGGCUAUUAGGGAGGCAAUGUGCUUCAUGAUGGACCCACUUAUUGGAAAAAGAGUGUGCUACGUCCAGUUCCCUCAAAGAUUCGACGGUAUAGAUAGGCACGAUCGAUAUGCCAAUCGGAACACCGUGUUUUUCGAUAUUAACAUGAAAGGUCUGGAUGGCAUUCAAGGUCCUAUUUAUGUUGGGACUGGUUGUGUAUUCAGAAGGCUGGCACUCUAUGGUUAUGAUGCUCCGAAAGCAAAGAAGCCACCGACCAGAACUUGCAACUGCUUGCCAAAGUGGUGCUGUUGUGGGUGCUGUUGCUCUGGGACGAAGAAGAAGAAGAAGACUACCAAGCCUAAGACCGAACUGAAGAAGAGAUUUUUUAAAAAAAAAGAUGCAGGUACUCCACCACCUUUGGAAGGUAUCGAAGAGGGCAUUGAAGUAAUUGAAUCUGAAAAUCCCACGCCUCAGCAUAAGCUUGAAAAGAAGUUUGGGCAAUCCUCAGUCUUCGUCGCAUCGACAUUGCUAGAGGAUGGAGGAACACUGAAAGGCACGAGCCCUGCAUCUUUGCUAAAAGAAGCUAUCCAUGUCAUCAGCUGCGGCUACGAAGAUAAAACUGAGUGGGGAAAAGAGGUCGGAUGGAUAUAUGGUUCAGUUACAGAAGAUAUAUUGACAGGCUUUAAAAUGCACUGCCAUGGAUGGCGUUCCAUCUACUGCAUCCCUGCAAGACCCGCUUUUAAAGGAUCUGCUCCCAUUAAUCUUUCCGACCGUCUCCACCAGGUCCUUCGUUGGGCUCUUGGUUCCAUUGAGAUCUUCUUAAGCAGGCAUUGUCCCCUUUGGUAUGGUUAUGGAGGUGGUUUGAAAUGGUUAGAGCGAUUAUCUUACAUAAACGCCACAGUAUACCCCUGGACAUCAAUCCCUCUGUUGGCAUACUGUACUUUGCCUGCUGUGUGCUUGCUUACUGGGAAAUUCAUCACGCCAGAGCUGAGCAAUGUGGCUAGUCUGUGGUUUCUGUCACUUUUCAUUUGCAUUUUCGCGACAAGUAUCCUGGAAAUGCGAUGGAGUGGGGUCGGAAUAGAGGAAUGGUGGAGGAACGAACAGUUCUGGGUCAUCGGAGGAGUUUCAGCACAUCUCUUUGCAGUUUUUCAGGGGCUUUUGAAGGUUCUGGCUGGUGUUGACACGAACUUCACUGUGACAUCAAAGGGUGGGGAUGACAAGGAGUUCUCUGAACUUUAUGCGUUCAAAUGGACCACCUUGCUCAUUCCGCCAACCACAUUGCUUAUAAUAAACCUGAUUGGUGUUGUAGCUGGCGUAUCAAAUGCAAUAAACAACGGUUACGAGUCCUGGGGUCCUCUCUUCGGGAAGCUAUUCUUUGCCUUCUGGGUGAUUGUCCACUUGUAUCCUUUCCUAAAGGGUCUGCUUGGACGGCAAAACAGGACUCCUACAAUCAUCAUCGUGUGGUCAAUCUUGCUCGCUUCCAUCUUCUCCCUUCUGUGGGUACGUAUCGAUCCAUUCUUGGCCAAGUCGGACGGACCGCUUUUGGAAGAAUGCGGGUUGGACUGUAAUUAGCAGAGUGUCUGAUUCCUGGAACAUUUGGUCAGUAGGAUUUGUUUAUGGGUUAUUUAUCGUAAGGAUACAGAAAGAAUACAUUUGGUGUGGUGCCGUCUGCAAUGCAAAUAAAGGGCAUGUUUGGACGUCACUGUUUCCGCAACUCCGCCUCUCCAUUUGACCGCAACACUCUGAAGGGCUACAAAAACCAACUUUGCUGCUCUUUUGCAACAGCUGGGAGAUUGUCGGAAAGGACUGUGACACUGCUUCUUGAUUCUUUAUUUGGUUCAUAAUUUUUUUCUUUUCUAGGAUGAGGAGGUGGCGUGAACCACAGUAUAAUGUGUAUUAUCAUCUCAUAAUCUCUCUCUCUCCCUCCCUCUCUCUCCCCCUGUGUAAGUGUAACUCAGCCGAAAUUGUGAGCAUGUAUUAUAUACGGGGCAUCGUCCCUCAGUUGAUGCUGCU